AUGGCGAAUGAAAAGCAAAGGACAACUGGACCAGAGAGAGGAGAGUUGCCUGCACUACCACCUCGUGCUCAGGCCAAAGGUACGGAUCAAAAUAUUCUAAAUAUUGCUUUUGGUUUUCAACCGAUGUAGCUAGCCAGCCUUUCUUUUAAGUUUCAGAACAAAUAUUUUGCAAAUACAUUAACAGAAAAACAAACAUAAGGCACAGGGCAAGUACUUGACAGACAAGUGAGAAGCUGAAGGUCAAAUGAGGAGGAGAAGGGUUAUGGCUGUUGUUUAUUUUCAGCUGAGGUGAGCAUAGAGAAAGUUACUUGUCCCAGAUGUAGCUAACUAUAGCAGGGGUCAGCAAACUUUUUCAUCAGGGGUCAGUCCAUUGUCCCUCAGACCUUGUGGGGGGUGGCCAGACUAUAUUUUGAAAAAUAAAGAAAAAAGAAUGAAUUCCUAUGCCUCACAAAUAACCCAGGGAUGCACUUUAAAUAAAAGCACACAUUCUACUCAUGUAAAAGCAUGCUGAUUCCCGGACCGUCCGUGGGCCGGAUUGAGAAGGUGAUUGGGCUGGAUCUGGCCCCCGGGCCACCGGAGGAAAGAUGCAUCCUGGUUGCUGGCGGGGGGGGGGGGGGGGGGCAAAUUACAGAGAUUCCAAGAACUAGAAGAUGAAACAAAUGCAGAAGAAAUGCACAAAAGGGUCACAGCUGGUGGGUAGGGACAGCAGCUCUUAAGGGACCUCUUUAGGACUUCUGUUGCCUGGUGUACAAAGCACACACGUGUUAGUCACAGCUCUGACUCAUUGACUAAAAACACUAAAAGGGAGCAACUGUUUCAUUUCACAGAAAUUUCUUGGAAGGCGACCUUCAUACAUGCUUUCGUAACGUUCUUUUUAGGAGGUUCAGAUGCUUUUUUUUUUAAGAAACGAAAGCUCACCGUCCGGGGAUCCUGAUGGCUGUGGGGUCUGUGGUCACUGAUGGAGGAACGGGGGUGCGGAGGGAGCGGACCACCCCCGGCACCACUAUUCCGGUAGGGUGCCAUCACGGCGGCCCCCCUGGACACACGCCAGGCGGCGGGUGCCAUGCCCCCACAGGCAGCAUGCCACACCCCCAAAACACACGCCACGCCCUCGCGGGUGGCCAGCCACGCCCCCGCCUGCUCUUCGCCCCCGGUAGCGGAGCAUGCAGCUGCGCCACUGUCUGUAGUGGCCCCAUGUACUAUGACUGUAGGCUGCUUAUUUCCGCUCAGUCAUGAACCAGAUGUGGACCGACUUCAACUUCAGAUCAAGUUACACCACCAUGUGCCCUUAGAUCAUGAAAGCUCUCAAUUGGCCGCUAAAGGUUUCACGUAUACUUUCUGUAUUGUUGAGUUUCACACCAUUUGGUUCUCCACAGAUCCUUCUUCUUCCAUGUUCUUCUGGCCUGGAAUGGUUUUUGGGGUUUUGCUGGCAGCGAGCGUCGCUCUGAAGUGCAUUUUGAUCUUCAUGAUUUUGUCUGGUAAUUGUACAGUUUCAUCAUGUAGUCUAAAAAUAGGAGCCAGGGCUAAAACCCAAACGCCAGCCUACUAUGUACAAGAAGACUGAAGGCAGCCCUGUUUAGGGAAGUUUUUAAGGUUUUUGUUUUGCUUUGGCAUGGCUGUUCUUUUCUUUUUUAAAAAAUUGGAAGUUCGAAAAGAGCAUAACUAUAUGUGCAUCAAACAUGGUGAGUCACAAAGAAAAAAGAGAAACAGAACCCGUGUACAGUGGAACCUCGGUUCAUGAACUUAAUCCAUUCCUGAAGUCCAUUCUUAAACCAAAUCCGUUCUUUAACUGAGGUGCACUUUCCCUAAUGAGGCCUCCCGCUGCCGGUGCCCUUCCACCAUUCGGCUUCCAUUCGUAGACCAAGGUAAAGUUCGCAAACUGAAACACUACUUCCGGUUUUGCAGAGUUCAUAAACCGAAUAGUUCUUAAACAGGACUGUUCGUAAACCGAGGUACCAUUGUAUAAGGGAAAACAAAGGGGGGUGUUUGAUGUUUUAUUGUGUUUUUAAUAUUGGAAGCCACCCAGAGUGGCUGGGGAGGCCCGACCAGAUGAGCAGGGUAUAAGUAAUACAUUAUUAUUAUUAUUAUUAUUAUUAUUAUUAUUUCCUAGCCGAUCCUCUCCAUGUUCCUCUGUAGGUCUAUGACCAGGGUUCCAUACACACCAUACAUUUACACAGGGCAUUUUUUCAGCUAGAACUCGCUGGAACUCAAUUCUGGCACCUCUCAGGUGGGCUCCAUCCCCCUUAUAAGAGAACAAAGGGAGGUGUUCAUGGUGAGUUCCAGCACCUCUUUUUCUAGAAAAAUAGCACUGCAAUCACAGCACCAUACAUUCACAGCACAGCCCUCCAACACAAAGAAUCCUGGAAAUUGUAGUCUGUUGAGGGUGCUUCAGAAUUGUUUCUCUGCGGGUGGUAAGCUAUACAGCUCCCAGGUUUCCUUUUUGGGUGUGCAUGCUUUGAAUGUGCUUCAGAGUUCUGUUGUGUGCACCACCUUAAAUAUAAAGAUAUAUUUUGGAUGAUAGGCAGACUGACAUUCUAUGCAUAGACACCUAUGCAUAAGAAGAGCUCUCUGCACGACAGCAAUGGACGACAGCCUUGCUCUGAUGCAGAGCUCUUGCUCUCUCUCUCUCUUUUAAGCUUCCAAGGUUCCUGCUGAGAAAACGAAUCCACAUGAGAUCCAGAGUUGCCGGCAAAAAUGCAUCCCUUGCAGAUCAGCUAACAGCCACCUGACAGGUAACCCCCUGACCUUUUGGUACUUCAGAUGCAUCCAUUAUACCUAACCACUUUGGCACCAGAUGCAGAACUCAACUCCAGGUGCAGAAGUGACCCGGCUAAGGGCCGGGAAUGGAUAAAAUGUUCAUUUGAAUUGGUAGUGUCUUAGAAACUCCCCCCACCCACAGCGAGCGCCAUGCUAGGACAUCUUUCAUCCCUUUCUGUUGACAGCCAGCUUUCAAUGCAAUAUUUGAUGGCGCUGUUCACUGCGAUGGUAACCAGCUUCUGAGUGUAGUGCCUACUCUCAGUUCUCUCCCACUCAUCAAAUGCAGAUAUAGGAAGGUAUCAGUUCCACGCCGGUUUAGCUCUGUGGACAAUACCUGUGCACACCCCAAGCCACUAUGGUCUCAUUCUUCUGCAGACAUAGGAGGAUGUGUUUGAGUGUCAGUCUGGUCUGAUAGCAUAAUUUGGCUUUUGUGGCUCGGACCGCGUCAUGCAAUAUGACAGGCAGGCUUACUGUAGCUGCAGUUGAUGCUCCUAUAACUGUAGGGAUUAAAGAGCCCUUUUAAAAAAAAAAAGGCCAUUGUUGUCUGUGAUUGUUGCUGUCAUAUUAUCAUGGAGGAGCCGAAUGAUGUUUACAAAUUUAUCUGGGCAGCCAAUUUUCAGAAGGACAGUCCACGGGGUGUUACUAUUUACAGUGUUGAGAGCCUUAAGUUAGGUCAAUAAACUCCAUAUACAGGGGUUGGUUUUGCUCUCUGCAUUUUUCUUGAAGCUGUUGAGCGGUGAAAAUCAUGUCCACUGUCCCCCUAGAAGGCCGAAAACCAUUUUGGGAUUCAAGAAGGGCCACCUUGGAUAUUGUUAUGAGACGGUUUGCUAAGAUCCUUGCAAUAAUUUUGCCAGCCGCAGCUAAUAGAGAGAUGUCUUGGUAGUUUCCACAAUUAGUUCUGUCACCUUUUUUUAAAGAGAUUGAUAAUUUUGGCAUCUCUAAAGUCUGCUGGGAUUUCUUCUCUUUCCCAUAUUUUUUCAAUGAGCUUGUGAAGUUGUUCUGUAAGUUCAAUUCCGCCCACUUUGAAGAGUUCGGGAGGUAUCCCAUCAGGUCCACUGGCUUUGUUGUUUUUCAUUUGGUUAAUAGCUGUACACAACUCUCCCAGGUUUGGAGAUACUGCAAGCUCAUCUCUAAUUUGUUUUUGCAGAAUUUGUGAGAGGCCCUCAGCAGCUACGGGGAAGUUGCAGUUAAGGAGAUGUUGGUAAUGUUCUUUCCAGCGCAGUGCAGUAGCUUCUUUAUCUUUUAGAAGUGUGCUACCGUCUGCUGAGUGUAGAGGGCAUAUGCCAUGAUUUAUUGGCCCAUAGAUGGUCUUUGUGGCUUCAAAGAAACUCUGUGCAUCAUGAGUGUCGGCUAAGUGCUGGAUCUCUUGAGCUUUUUCUUAUCCACCAGGUGUUUUUUAGUUCUCUGGUUCUUCUUUGAACCUCAGCCUGUUCAAAAGGAAUAGACCAAACAGGAAGGGAGGAGGAGUAGCAUCGUACAUAAAGGAUGUGUACACUUGUGAUGAAAUCUAUGAAGUGGAGCAUGAAAAGCAGAUUGAGAGUAUAUGGGUAAAACUGUAGGAGAGAGAAACGACAGUGAUCUUACUGUGGGUGUCUGCUAUAGUCUGCCAAGCCAGACUGAAGACUCAGAUGGUGCCUUACUAGAGAAGAUUACCAAACAUUCAAAAAGGAGAGAAAUAGUAGCCAUGAGGGACUUCAACUUCCCCAAUAUCUGUUGGGACUCAAAGUGUAAGAAGGUGGAAGAACCAGCAAGGGGAUCAUCUAUUUUGGACCUGGUCCUCACCAAUAGGGAGGAACUGAUAGAUGAAGUGGAAGUGCUUGGAAACUUGGGAGGAAGUGAUGAUGUUCCCCUGGGUUUCAGGAUACUGAGGCAAGGGGAAAUUGAGUGUAGUUGGACUCACACUCUGGACUUUAAGAAGGCCAGUUUCUGAAAGCUGAAGGAGCUACUGGGUGUGAUCCCGUGGUCAGAAAUACUCAGUGAGAAGAUGGGAGUUUCUAAAAGGAGAAAUAGUGACGGCCCAAAAGCAGACAAUACCAACAAGAAAGAAAUGCGGGAGGCAUCUAAGGAAACCAGUGUGGCUGCAUAAGGAGCUCACAGAUGAGUUGAGAGUUAAGAAGGACAUGUAUAAGAAAUGAAAAAAGGAGAAACCACAAAGGAGGAGUAUACACAAGUAGCCAACAGUUGCAGAGGGAAAGUCGGGCUGGCUAAAGCUCAGAAUGAACUCAGGCUUGCAAGAGUGGUUAAAAAUACAGUGGUACCUCGGCUUACAUACGCUUCAGGUUACAUACGCUUCAGGUUACAGACUCCUCUAACCCAGAAAUAUUACCUCGGGUUAAGAACUUUGUUUCAGUGGCAGAUGAAGGUGAUGGACUACAUGGAAUUGGCGGAAAUGACUGGCAGAAUCCGAGACCAGGGUGAAGAGUCGGUGGAAGAAGAUUGGAAGAAAUUUAAAGACUACCUACAGAAAUAUUGUAAAAUUAAUGAAUGUUAGAAUGAUGUCAGAAUGAAGUUAAGUGGUUUUAGCAGCAAUGUCAUAAAGAUGUAUGAAAAAAUGGAUGGUUAAUAGGUGAGAAUCUAAAGCUAUAAUAUAUUAAGUUAAAGGACUAAGACAAAAACAAAGAGGGAAAGGAAUUGCUGAAUUAACCAACUGAACUCGAAUACAAAAAAGGGAGGUGAGAGGAGGUCAGGGAAGCAAGGAAAUGAAAUGUAAGAUAUGGAAGGAUUAAUUUGUUUUUAAGUGUUUUUUCUAAAAAAAAAAUUCUAUAUUUUGUAUUUUGUAUGUUUUUUCUCUUUUUUUUCUUUUAUAUUUUUUCUUGUCUCUUUUAUUUUUAACUAUGUAAUUUUUUGUUUCUGAAAUUUUAAUAAAUAUCAUUUAAAAAAAAAAGAACUUUGUUUCAGGAUGAGAACAGAAAUUGUGCAGUGGCAGCGCAGUGGCAGCAGCAGGCCCCAUUAGUUAACGUGGUGCUUCAGGUUAAGAACAGUUUCAGGUUAAGAACAGACCUCCAGAAUGAAUUAAGUUCUUAACCCGAGGUACCACUGUAAUGAAAAAGGUUUCUUCAGCUAUGUCUGAAGUAAGAGGAAGAAGAAGCAAGUGGUAGGUCCUCUGUGUGGGGAACACAGAGAAAUGCUAUUGGUUGACAGAGAAAAGGCAGAACUACUUAACACCUACUUUGCCCCUGUCUUCACCCAACCUGGUGAUAAUGGAAUAAAUGAUGUGAGGAGGGAGCUGCAGCCCAAGAUAGGAAAAGAGGUAGUAAGGGAACACCUAGCUACUUUAAAUGAAUUCAAAUCUCCAGGGCCUGAUGAGCUGUAUCCAAGCUAAUGGGGCCUCCUGCUGCCACUGCGUCACCACUGCACGAUUUCUGUUCUCAUCCUGAAGCAAAGUUCUUAACACGAGGUAAUAUUUCUGGGUUAGCGGAGUCUGUAACCUGAAGCGUAUGUAACCCGAGGUACCACUGUAGAGAUAUUUAGCCACUAACUUGGUGAGCUCCUGAUCAUUCCCCAGUAAUAGAAAAUGUAUGACCUCGAACUCUGUUUUCCAUUUGGGGAUGCAGAGUUGAUCUAGAAACUGCUGACAGAGAUCAGCAUAUAGUUUAAAUUAAGAACCAUAUGUGUAAGGGUUUCCACCAGGUGGUCUUCACAUGGGCAAGUUCUUUCUCCUUCCACCCUGCCUGAGAACCUUCCCCAAAAGUUGAGAUUUCUUUUUCCUCUUCACAGCCAAUCUGACUCUGGAUCCAAGCACAGCUCAUCCCCAGCUCUACGUAUCAGAAAAUCUGAAGAGUGUGAAAUGGAGAUACAUGAAACAAAGUGUGAACAGUAGUCCUCUGAGAUAUGACUUGUUGGACAGUGUCCUAAGCCACCAGGGCAUUGACUCAGGGAAAUUUUGCUGGGAAGUUGAAGUGGUGGAAGGGGGCAAUUGGUGGGGUGUGGGAAUCGUGAGGGAGUCUGCAAACAGAAAUGGGAAAAUUCUCCUUGCACCAGAGGGGGGGUACUGGGGGGUACAGCGUAUUGAUGGGCAGUACCAGUCAAUUACUGCCAAUCCUAGGACUAAUUUGUCCUUGUGCCAUCCCCCAAGUAGGAUCCGUGUUUCCCUGGACUACUCGGAGGGCCUGGUGGGAUUUUUUGACGGUGAUACUGAUGCCCAUCUCUUUACCUUUCCGAAAGCAAAAUUCUCUGGGGAAAAGGUCCAUGCCUGGUUCUUGAUUGAGGGAUGGAAUGGGGAGCUCACAGUCCAUCCAUGA